CUGGAAAAAUCUGGAUUAAUUAAUCAGAUCAUAUUGCCAACCGUACCACCGGUCUUCGUUUAUCUUUGCGCCUUUGCCUGCUUUCUCCAAUUUCAAACUCCCAAUUUCCGAGAUCCAUCUUCAUUGAUCUGCCCUCGAUAUGUCUUACGCAUAUCUUUUCAAGUAUAUCAUCAUCGGCGAUACCGGGGUGGGAAAGUCAUGUCUUCUUCUACAAUUCACAGACAAGCGUUUCCAGCCCGUGCAUGACUUGACCAUUGGAGUCGAAUUUGGGGCUCGGAUGAUUACAAUAGACAACAAACCAAUUAAACUUCAAAUAUGGGACACGGCCGGUCAAGAAUCCUUCAGAUCCAUCACAAGGUCAUAUUACAGAGGAGCUGCUGGUGCACUUUUGGUCUAUGAUAUCACCAGGAGGGAAACCUUUAAUCACUUGGCAAGCUGGCUAGAAGAUGCAAAGCAGCAUGCAAAUCCAAACAUGACUAUUAUGCUAAUAGGCAACAAAUGUGAUCUUGCCCAUAGAAGGGCCGUUAGCACAGAAGAAGGAGAACAAUUUGCAAAAGAACAUGGGUUGAUUUUCAUGGAAGCAUCUGCAAAAACUGCUCAGAAUGUAGAGGAGGCUUUUAUUAAAACAGCUGGAACGAUAUAUAAGAAGAUCCAAGAUGGAGUAUUUGAUGUUUCAAAUGAGUCUUAUGGAAUAAAAGUAGGUUAUGGUGGAAUUCCCGGGCCAUCUGGAGGCAGGGAUGGUUCCUCUUCUCAAGUUGGAGGUUGCUGCAGUUGAGAUUUGUCUUAGCGCACCAUAGACAUUAUUUGCUGCUCUUCCUGGGCAUUGUGUAUACUCCACAACUUGGCAUUGCCAGUAAAUUUGUUGUUAUCAUGCUUGCAGUUAUGUUUUUCUACGCGCCAUUGUGACUGUAUAUCUGACAAUACAGAUGGGAGUGCGAGCGAAAAAGCAUACAUGUUUUUUUGUUCUAGUUGUGGGUUUGUUCUACCUAUGUAUUUUGUGCAAAUGUAGAACCAGUUCUUUUAUUUAGUCUUGUCUUAUUUUGUUGAA